AUGGCUGACGUGCUUUCUCAAAAAUUCAAAACCACCCCGAACAACAGCAAGAAGGAUCCAUCUAAUCUGUUAUUGGGUCGCUUCGAAAUCGGGAAGCUCCUCGGUCAUGGAACAUUCGCCAAGGUAUACUACGCGAAGAAUCUCAAAACCGGUGAAGGCGUAGCCAUAAAAGUGAUCGACAAGGAGAAGAUUCUGAAAGGAGGUUUGGUCGCACACAUAAAACGUGAGAUCUCGAUUCUUCGCCGCGUUCGUCAUCCCAACAUCGUGCAGCUCUUCGAGGUAAUGGCUACGAAAACAAAGAUUUAUUUUGUGAUGGAAUAUGUUCGGGGUGGUGAGCUUUUUAAUAAGGUUGCCAAGGGUAGGUUGAAGGAAGAGGUUGCUAGAAAGUAUUUUCAGCAGUUGAUUUCCGCGGUUGGGUUUUGUCAUGCUAGAGGUGUUUAUCAUAGGGAUCUUAAGCCUGAGAAUCUUUUGCUUGAUGAGAAUGGUAAUUUGAAAGUGUCUGAUUUUGGUUUGAGUGCUGUGUCUGAUCAGAUUAGGCAGGAUGGUUUGUUUCAUACUUUUUGUGGUACUCCUGCUUAUGUAGCACCUGAGGUUUUGGCUAGGAAGGGGUAUGAUGGUGCUAAGGUUGAUCUUUGGUCUUGUGGGGUUGUUUUGUUUGUUUUGAUGGCUGGUUAUUUGCCAUUUCAUGAUCAGAAUGUUAUGGCUAUGUAUAAGAAAAUUUAUAAGGGGGAGUUUAGGUGUCCGAGGUGGUUUUCGCCGGAUUUAUCUAAGCUGCUUAUUCGUCUUCUUGAUACGAAGCCGGAAACAAGGAUUGCUAUUCCUGAGAUUAUGGAGAAUAGGUGGUUCAAAAAGGGGUUCAAACAGAUUAAGUUUUAUGUUGAGGAUGAUAGGCUUUGUAGUAUUGAUGAUAAUUUCGCUGACAUUGAGGAUGAUUCGGCUUCUGUAACAUCUGUUGCGUCUGUUGCGUCCUUAGCGUCUUUUUCUGAUUACUCAAUAGAAUCUGAUUCUGAGAUUGAGACUAGAAGGAAAAAUGGUCCUUUGCCAAGGCCUGCUAGUUUGAAUGCUUUUGACAUUAUUUCAUUCUCCCCCGGGUUUGAUCUUUCUGGAUUGUUUGAGGAAAUAGGAGACGAGAACAGGAUUGUGACUGCUGCACCGGUUUCAAGGAUCAUAUCAAAAUUGGAGGAGAUUGCUCAAUUGGUUAGGUUUUCUGUAAGGAAGAAGGAUUGCAGGGUUAGCUUGGAGGGUACAAGAGAAGGUGUGAAGGGACCAUUGACUAUUGCUGUUGAGAUAUUUGAACUAACACCUUCUUUGGUUAUUGUUGAGGUGAAGAAAAAAGGAGGUGACAGAGCCGAAUACGAGAGAUUCUGUAACGAAGAAUUGAAACCUGGAUUACAGAAUUUGAUGGCCUCGGAAUCAGCAACUUCCUCAGCUUUGUCAAUACCGCCUCCCGAGCCUACAUUACUCCGCGUGCUUUCUGAACCAGUUCACAACCUGCUUUCAGAGCUUGAUUUGCCGCCCUCUCUACCUGAAGACUCUCUUCCUGAAGAGUGA